UUUUAAAUGACAUCAUAUACAGUAUUGUGCAUUAUUAGUACUUAAGUAAUUGGACCUACAGUCUUACUUAACACAACACUUGACUGUUGAAUUGCAACUUUUACGUCAGAAAAAUAUCUCAGUACUUCUUCCAGCCCUACUGAACCACAUAGAUUAGGAGACAAUUAGCAGAUGUUUUUAAAUCAUAGGGUAAAAGAUUGACCAUCUUGACACAUAUAUGAUCUUUGGACACGCAGGCUGCGACGCUGCAACAGCGACAUCUUGUGGCAAAACCUAUUAUGGCAGCUCUUCACCUCGGCGAGGUCAUAGGCAGUACAGCGCCACCCUGUGAGUCUGGUUAGAAAAAUCAGUCUGAGUGCAUUACAUUAUUAAAAAAUAUAACAAGCAUUUGGGACCCUGAUAGUGAUUGACAGUCAGUAUGUGUCUCAUUACCGGCUGUGUUAUUACCUGACUUUCGCUCGGUGGAUGACACUGACAGCCAGGUCCAGCUGCACCAGACCCACGGUCAGAGAGAGAGCGCACAUCACUGGCUGCUUUCGCCUCCGCUAAACCAUUCAAAGCGAGGAAACUGUGACCCCGCAGGGGAGGUGGGAUGUAGCAGCAGAAAUGCAUCCCAGCUAACGGUGUUUGAUGGAGAAAAAGCUGCUUCGAUACAGACAAGCGGUCCAGCCUGGUGACCAUAUGCUACUGCUUCUGUUGUAGCUAGCAGGCAAUUUGCUGGUCAGCUGCCAGCUAACUUUAGCCUUGUGUGUUUCCUCGCCAGGGCCUCUCGUUUCGGCUUCUUGUUAACGUUUCCUACGCUUCAGGAAAUUCAAGGGCCAUGGAUUUCCCAGGUCACUUUGAUCAGAUCUUCCAGCAGCUCAACUAUCAGCGUGUCCACGGUCAGCUGUGCGACUGUGUCAUCGUGGUGGGCAGCAGACACUUUAAGGCCCACCGCUCUGUGCUGGCAGCCUGCAGCACCCACUUCAGAGCCCUGUUUACAGUGGCAGAGGGAGAUGCAAGUAUGAACAUGAUCCAGCUGGACAGCGAGGUGGUGACAGCUGAAGCUUUCGCUGCUCUGGUGGACAUGAUGUACACCUCAACGCUGAUGUUGGGGGAGAGUAACGUCAUGGAUAUCCUGCUUGCAGCCUCACAUCUGCACCUAAACAAUGUAGUAAAGGCCUGCAAACACUACCUGACCACACGUACCCUUCCCAUGUCCCCCACACCCGAUAGAACAGCCCAUCACCACCCUCAGCAGGAGCAGCAGAGGCACAGGCAGCAGCAGCAGCAGCAGCAGCAGCCGCAGCAGAAGCAGCAGCAGCAGCAGGUAGCAGAUUUAGCAGCUAAUGCUAACCUCGCAAACGCUGCCACGUCAAAGUUGCAGCGCUCUUUCCUCCUGCAGCAGCUUGGGCUGAGCUUAGUAAGUUCUGCUUUGGGUGGGAUGGAGGAGGACAGAGUUGGAAAUGGAGUUGGCAAUAGAGUGGGCGAACAGAGGGCCUCCUUCCCAAUCCGACGCUUCCACAAACGCAAGCCCCCCAUGGCCCUGGGCCUGUCAGAGGAGAGGCCCAGGCAGAGGCAGCGUCCCUCUGGGCCUAACCUGGGGAUGUUAGGAGAAGAAGGGAUGAACGCAGAGCGAGAAGAAGGAGGGCUUUUCUCCCCGGACUCCCACAAGAUGGGGGAUGAAUCCAAAUUGGAUGGGGAAAUGACCGGGCUAGUAGGGGUGUCCCAAGAUGAUCCACAAAUGCCCAGCCAGUCGGACAGUGGACAUUGUGAGGGGGAUGACUUGGGGAAAAUGCAGGGAGGGGUGAGGAAGGAGGAGGACAUGGAAGAGCACGAGCACCAGGUCAACAGAGCAGGGGUGAAGAUCAAAUCAGGGACCGAGGAAGAGGAGGAAGAACGGGAACAGAAGGUGGUGGUUAAACGGGAACCGCUAAGUUCGCCCGAGCCGACUGAUGAAACGAGCGACGUGCCGUCCCAGGCUGAGCCCGGCGGCCAGGAGGAGAAGGCGGAGCUGAGCCCAGAGAGCAGCGACCGCAGCUUCACCUCUGAACCCCUCACCAGCUCCGACUCUCUGCUCCUCAAGAGCAGCAUGGGAGGGGGCAGCGGAGUGGGAGGAGAUUUUGGGUGUAGUAGUGGACUGGGUGGAAAAACUGGUUUUAGUAUUUCUAGCUUCCUCAGCCCUAAAGUUUUUGGAAGUGUCGGGUCGGGGUUGGUUUCUAGAGAGGAUGACCUCCCCAACACAACUACUGGCGAUGCAGUAGCACAUCACUUCCUGCUCAGACAGGAUGCAGCUGGGCCAUCUAGCUCCGCCUCUUCCUCCCUUCUGAAGGGCGGUCCACUCGGGGGCGAAAGUCGCAACGGUUUUGGAGACAACCUCCAAGCAGAUUCUCUGUUCCUCCGUCCCCUGCAUGAUGGGUUAGGGAACCCCAGAGGAAGUGCCGGUGGGGGGCGUGGAGGGGUGGAUCCGUUUGGCCUGGACUUCCAGCGCUCUAGUCUUGGGCUUCACUCCCUAGGGCGACCGUCCCGAGGAGCGGGGGGGGCUUGUACCACUGCGCUUAAUUAUCCAGGUUACAGACGCAUCGCUCCGAAAAUGUCCAGCAGUAUGGGAGGAGAAGAAGGUGGUGUUCUCCAGGAUGCUGCCUCUUCCUCCUCCAGCCUGGCAAGUCCUCUGCUUUUAAAUGAGGGCGGGGGAUAUGAGAUGAAUAAUGGCAGACCCACCUCCCUCCUCCCUCAGCUGACCCGAGCUUCAGCAGACGUCCUGUCCAAGUGCAAGAAGGCUCUGUCGGAGCAUAACGUCUUGGUGGUCGAGGGAGUGCGGAAAUACGCCUGUAAGAUCUGCUGCAAAACCUUCCUCACCCUGACAGACUGCAAGAAACACAUCCGUGUGCACACAGGAGAGAAACCCUACGCAUGUCUCAAGUGUGGGAAGCGCUUCAGCCAGUCCUCCCAUCUAUACAAGCACUGCAAGACCACCUGUCUGCGCUGGCAGAACAGUAACAUGUCCAAUGGCCUGCUGUAGGACUGAGGACACUGCAUUCAAUCGGAGCCAGUCGAUAGGAUUAAAUACAUUUGGAAUUUAUAAUUGGCCAACUUUUAAGACUCCAUAAUGUUGAGACUUUUCUGACCGCAAGAAAGGAGAAACCCACAUUAUGUUCAAGUUCUUGUAAACACGUACAGACUGUAGAAAGUGUUUCAUGAAGAGUGUCAGUACAUGCAGCCCAUGACAUUUAUAUUUAUGUUUUGAUUAGUGUAUUAUCCCCUGAACUAAGAAUCGUAUCUACAUUAGGAGCCGGUCUCUUUGACUGAAUUCACCAUGUUGCACUGCCAUGUUAGUAGAAACGCUAAGAACGGUCAAACCAAAGUUGGUUCGGAGAGAGUACCCGUUUUGUUUUACGCUGAAGUGGCACCUUGAAUCAGAUGACGCAAACGCACUAGUUGGAAAACAAAGAGUAGGCCGAGUGGUUCCAGGUGCUGUCUAACCAUAUUGUGUUCUGAGAUUAUUGGGAACCUAACUUUUGACCAAAUGGACGAUGUUACUUGUUAAUUAGUACACAUCCAAGCAAGGAGAGUGAACCCUUGGUAUCACAGAAGCAACACAAAGUCGUAAUGGUCUGCAAACUCAACAUUAGAUGCCUCUAAAUCCAACACAGUGGUCCAAGAAAUUGAGAUAUGUUGAGGUGACCCCUUAAUGCUGAACAUGUAUAGUUUGUGGUGCAUUUUUGGAAGCAAAUGUGACUCACUCACACUGCAAUAGUGUUUGCAGAUGAGAGGCGGCUGUGCAACACCAACAUUAAAAACACAUUUAUGUAAAGAAGUGUUCUUAUUUGUACAUUUUUCUUUGCACAUUUGGAAAACAUGUAGCGGCAUCCCACUCAAGAAUGAGGAGUCAUUGUAAUCAUGCAUAGUGACUUGGCCUUGUUCUGUGCAAGAGAGAUCAUGUAGACUGAUUCAGAAUCCGUUUACGCGUCAGAUAUAAGGCCUGUUAGUACAGAUUCAGUCGUGUGAAUUGGGAAGUUUAACUGACCGAAAACAUUGAAUCUAUUUUUUUUACCCUGUUGUUAAACAAGAUAGUUUUAUUUAAUGAAGAGAGGAGAUUUGAUGUGAUUGACAUUAUCGAUCAGGACGGUAGAAACCCAAAAGAACAGUUUAUCAAUAGCUGAGAAAUGAUGUUUGUGCAUACUCAACCACCAUGUAGUGUCAACGGUUUGACCUCUGUAGUUGCCUUUCAGUCCAAGCACCUUUGAAUCACAAUCAUCAUAAGUCUGGCUGAGCUCAGUUUAAGUUGAGAAUAUGUCAGCUUCCACAUAAGUCUGAGUUUUGGCAGAAUGGAAAUAAUUGAAUUGCUCUGUUAAACCAAUUUACGCUCAGCAACAUUGCAUUUUUUCUUUUUGAGGAACAAUGAGGAAGUGAAAUGUCCACUCACCAUCUUGGCAUUUGAGGCAGUAAGCGAAUCCGCCCUUACUGGUCUUUGCACCUUCUUUUGUGUUAUGAUGUGCAGGAGUUGCACUUUUGUCGACAUUUUAAAUGGUUUAAAAUCUGGCAUUCACUGACUGAGAAUGACCACAAAACGUCUGGCUGUGGUCAGUUUACUGACCGUCCUCACAUCAGACAAGGUUCCAUGGACGCUGUUGUUUUGUGUUUGCAGUAUGUGUGUUUAUAAAAAGGGUAAUGAAGUAGUGCUGAGAGGCAGAGCCGUCUGAUGCAAACUGUUAACAGUUUGCUGAGGUCCAGCACGUGUUGAAAGGGCUUUAGAAAUGUAAAUAUUGCACUUUGUAUGGGUUUCAUCAUUUUCCUCUUGAGGCGAGACAAGAAAUGUCUGAAGAUUUCAAUAUUGUGUUUAAGUUUGCUACUGUACUAUAUACGUGCUCUGUACAUGUGUCUUUUUACAUCUAAUGUUGCAUCUGUACAAAAGUACUUGGACAAUUCAUUAUUUUCUUAAAACUAAUAUGUUAACUUGAAUGUGUAUUUGUGAAAACGGAGCUGUAUGGAGACUGUCUAACUCUACCAGCCCUAAUGGGCGUGUUCCUCUUUAUACUACCAUUAGGAUAUGAAAUGCAAAGUUCAGAAAUUAACUUUAAAUGGUCCUCUGUUAAUUGUUUCAAGUUAAUUUCGGGAGGUAUAGCUGUUUUUUGUAUGUAGCUGUAUUUUAAUGUCAACUUUUAAUAAAUGAAGGUUUAGCGUGAGAUUGAAGUACAUAGAUGCUGAAAGUAAUCUAAAUGUGCAGCUCAUAAAUUAUAAAAUCCAUUGGCCUUUUUUUUAGCCUUUUUUUGCUUGCUGUAUUGUGUCACCUACACUGUCAUUGCUUAAAUGUGCUAGUCAGCAUCUUAUCUUACUGUAGAGUCAAUACACUGUUAGCCCGUACAAAAUGACAAUUCUAUUUGACAUUCAUGAGAUCACCUUGACAUUUCACUUCAGAGAUGAAUUGCCUUAAAUUAUGUUUCUCACUGUAAACACAAGCUGACCUACCAUUCACGCUGUAAAUGUUGACAUGAAACAAAUAGCAAAGUCCUUGUAGCUUGGAAACAGAAUUUAAAAUAAUCCCUGAAGGUUAAGUCUCUUGUCUUUUUAUCUGUGUUCACUCCUGCAUUCUGUAAGGAGGGAUGUGCUGUGAGUCGUAAGGGGUGAAGGAAAGAUGUAGUCCACCAAAAUGACUUCCACACAGUUGCCAGUUAAGGAUUAUUGUGGUGCUGUCUUCUUUAGCUGCUGCAUAAACAGUAAAAGGGACUACUGUGUUAAAAUGCCAAAAUGUUAAAAUACAUAAAAGGCCUAAAUUGUUAAUGAACGUCACUGCCUUAUGCCCUCUAGCUUGAAAAGCUGGGCUUUUGUUGAUAUGCCAAAUCUGAUGUAUUUCUGUGUUUUUUUCAGUGUAACCAUGAGAGGAUUAAAUGUUUGUCUCUUUACUGU